CUCUGUGGCCUAGGCUUGUGAACGAGGCUCGUCACGCAUUCUUACCGGCCUGAAAAUAGGGCGAAGGAGGGAAGGACUGACAGAGUCGCUAGCUAAAAGCAUCUGGUAAUUGGAAGGCUGCAAAUUGAUUGACAUGACUGAAAAGGUGGAAGCUGUUGUUGCUAAAGUCAGUGACCUACAGGAUGGGCAGAUGAAGACGGUUGAGUUAGCUGAAGGCAAGAAGGCACUGCUUGUCAAGGAGAAUGGGACUUUCUAUGCCGUUGGGCAUAAGUGCACCCAUUAUGGAGCACCAUUAGCGUCUGGUGCCUUGUGUAGAGGCAGAGUCAGAUGUCCAUGGCAUGGAGCAUGCUUCAAUGUCAAGACUGGAGAUAUAGAAGACUUUCCAGGACUUGAUAGUAUCCCCACAUUUGAAGUCACCGUCUCUGGAGAAGAUGUUAUAGUCAGAGCAGAUGCAGAGCAAUUUCAGUCCCAUAAACGUGUAAAAGCUGUUGCCUGUCAACCCAAUUCAAGUGCAGACAAGCGCACCUUUGUGAUUAUUGGAGGAGGAGGGGCAGGUAUGAAGGCAGCAGAGACUUUAAGAGAGGAGGGAUUCCAGGGUCGUGUACUUCUUGUAGCAAAGGAACCCCAUUUACCAUAUGACAGGCCCAUUCUUAGUAAGAAACUUGGUGCAGCUGCCGAUGAUUUGAAGCUCCGCUCAGCUGACUUUUUUGCAGAGAAAGGGAUUGAGUUUCUGGCAGGCCAAUCAGCAGUUGCACUUGACAAUACCAAGAAGACUGUCACCCUCAGCAACGGCAACAUGCUCAACUAUGAUAGUGUACUAAUAGCUACAGGGGGAAGGCCAAGGUCAUUGAAGGCUCCUGGAGUUGAUUUGGAAAACAUUCUAAUUCUACGCACCCCUGCCGAUGCAAACAGAAUAGCUGAAAUGGCACCAGGAAAAAGAGCUGUUGUUGUUGGCUCAUCUUUCAUUGGUAUGGAGAUAAGUGCAUACCUUCUUGAAAAGGCCUCAUCCGUGACAGUUGUGGGACGAAGUAAAAUACCUUUUGCUAACAUUCUUGGUGAGAAGAUAGGUGGCCUGUUAAAAAAGCUUCAAGAGGAUAAAGGCGCGAAAUUUGUGUCAGGUGCAACAGCAAAGGAGUUCAAAGGAGAAAAUGGCAAGCUUACCGCUGUGGUGUUGACUGACGGUUCGGUGCUGGAAGCAGACAUGUGUGUCCUAGGAGUAGGUGUGGAGGCAUCAACAGAUUUCCUGAAGGGUAGUUCAGUUCCUACUACUGAUUCAGGAAAUGUCAUUGUGGAUGAGUACAUGAAGGCAUGUGAUGGCGUGUUCGCAGCCGGGGAUAUAGCAAACUUCCCUCUUAAAAUGCUCGGCGGAGAACGUGUUACCAUCGGGCACUGGCAGAUUUCACACAAACAUGGCAUGACGGCUGCGCGUAACAUGCUGGGCAAGCAGGAGCGGCUUCACACUGUUCCUUUCUUCUGGACCAUGAUGUGCGGUAAAAGCGUCCGAUACGCUGGUCAUGCGCACCAUUUCGAUGACGUCAUUAUUGACGGAAAUCUGGAGGAGUUUAAAUUUGUGGCAUAUUUUGUAAAGGGAGAAAAAGUUCAAGCGGUUGCCACCAUGGGUCGGGAUCCUGUCGCUGCCAAAGCUGCCAACAUGCUGUAUGAGAAUAUCAUGCCAACAGCCUCGCAUAUCAGAAACAACCCUGCGGACUGGUACUCGAUAUAAUUUUCCCAUCGAAGACUGUUCAAGAGGGCAUAAGAUGUUCGAGAAAAGAACUUUUGAAAAGAUGAGCUAUUAAUGGUAUCGAUAUUGACGAAUGAAUAGGUUAUACAAGUUUUUUGCAUGCAAUCAUCGUCUAGCGCACGCAGUUAGCCUAUUGCACUCCUGUGUUCACGUCAAACCAGUGCUUGGUGGAUAAUGUAAACUGGUGCUUAUGUAUAUGUGAAUGUCACCCGUCAACCAUCGACACGGUUUGUCCUUUGUGAAUUCAGUAGUUGCUAUAGUACGCGUAGUCAGCACGGUUAUGCGUAACACAUACCUUUACCAUGCCCGUACCCAGGAUUUUUCUGGGGGGGGGUGCGAAAUCCGAAAAAAUGGACCUAAUUUUUCCCGGGAGGGUGGAGGAGGGAGUUCUCUGAUAAAAAUAUGACUUUUUUAUGCCUUUAAAGUAUCUCAAAGGGACGUUUAUUGUCGGAUUUGACUACAUGGAUUGGUGACAUACCACAGUGACUUACCGGAAAACUGGACCUAAUUUUUCCCGGGAGGGUGGAGGGAGUUUUCUGAUAAAAAUAUGACCACCCCUGACAGAAGUAAAAGGGAUUUUUUUAUGCCUUUACAGUAUCUCCAAGGGACGUUUAUUGUCGGAUUUGACUACAUGGAUUGGUGACAUACCAGAGUGACUUACCUUAGGCUUAAGAGUUUUGUCUACAAAUAGCACGUCUAUUGAGAACCGGAAGUGGACUUUCGACCGUUGUGCGAACGCACCCCCCUGCACCCUCCCCCCCCUGGGUACUGGCCUGUUUACCCAAGAUGCUAAAAAGACUUCCCAUUCUUAGAUAAAAUAAAAAUAAAAUAAAGUCAUAAGUCCAGAAAAA